GCUGCUGGUCAGUGGGAAACUGCUUCAAAGCUUCAGUAACACAGUGAACAGUGCGCUGGUGGUGGUCUUGUGGUUUUGUCCCAUGAUGCUUAGAGGGGUUCAUAUACAUUGUGAUCACACUGCCGUUCACAGUGUACAAGAUGCUGACUAUGAACACCGACAAGUGGAUCUUCCCCUUAGCCGUGUGCUUUGUGUGUGUGUCUUCAAGUGAUAAUUGGUGCCAUGAGGAAGUUUGUGGACAUGUUUGUGAGAACCACAAACUCAGCGCUCCACUUGGCUCAUCUGUGCUUCUCCCAUGCAACAUAACAAACAGCAGCCUCAAUGAGGUGCUAUGGAAACACACUGCUUGGGGGAACCUGGUCGAGCUCACAUCUGAUGGGCGUGUUAAUUUCCUGUUCCCCAAACAGGGCAGAGUGAAAGUUUUUCCAAACCAGCACUCAAAAGGGAAGUACUCCAUGAGAAUAGAUGAACUCCAGAACUCUGAUCUGGGAUGUUACUGUUGUAUGCAGAUAGACGGGCCUAACUGUCAUCAGCUCGAGUUGGUUGUUGCAACAGGUGCACCAAAAGAAGGUAUGUGGCUACUGAUGUUCAUCUGCGUUGGUGUGGCAGCUUCCAUCCUGCUGAGUAUCUGCAGCUACUUGCUCUACAGGAACAGAACACGGAGCAAUACCAUCAAUCUUGUGGGUCCGGGGAGUGAGGGUCCCACUGCAGCUGCCAAUGCUCUACCUGCACAAGACAAUCAAGAUCCAGUACAAGAACAGCUGAGAGGAAUAGACAACAAUAGUCUUGUUUAUGCAGAUAACGAUGACCAACACUUAGCCAACCAGCAGGAUGAUCCCACCAGAAACCACUGUAGUCCUCCAGGAGCUCUGCAAUACCUGGGCAGUACCGGGCCAGGUCAAAGUACCACCAUUUAUCCAAGCGGGAACCAGCAGCUUGACUUUAAACGAGGGGAAAGUCAGAGAAGCAAACAGAGAUUCCAUACAGAGCUCUUCAGCAGAUUACGACAAGCGAGUCUCAGUGGAUGUUACGCCAACCAAAGUGAAAUCAACAAGCAAAUAGACCAGUCAGCUAACGCACAGAAUCAAAAGAGAGCAGGUUUCACGAAGAAGAAAGCAAAAGAAAAUCACGAAUACAAAAACCCCAUUUACAACAGAAGCACGGAGCAGCUCCACCAUCCGUAGACAAUGAAGAGCUUUACCAGCGGCUGAGGCGAUCUCCAAAAUGCUUACUUUCAUCACAAAAAAAAAUAAAAUACAUGCAUGUCUGUGCAGUGUGUACACGGAGUGAUACCAACGUGCAGACCGCUAGUGGCUAUUCAAUACAUUCUUAUUUUCUGGUUAGCUUUAGGAGGAAACUGGAAGAUUACGGGACCACAUGGUGGAGCAGUGGCUGACACUAUUGCCUUACACAAGGGCAUUUUUGUAUGGAGUUUGUGUGUUCUCCCUGUGUGUGUGUGUGGUUUCUCCGGGUACUCCUGUUUCCUCCCACAGUCCAAAAACAUGCGUAGGUUAACUGGACAUGCUAAUGAAGUGGACUCAUGUGGAGGAUAAAGUGGUAGACAAUGAAUGAACGGAAGAAUAUGUCCACUUUUUAUAUGAGGUCUAUGAUUCUGUCCCUGCAAAUGAUUUUUUAAACUGUGCACAGAUUUCAGGUGACCCUUCUUGCUUGUGUGCUCAAGGAACCUGAAAUAACUUAUUCUGUAAUUCUGCUCUUUUCAAGCUUUAUUGUGAAAUGUAAUGCACAAAUGAAUUUGUUAUUUUCUUGAGUCUGGCAAUAAAAAGUUCAGUAAAAA